AUGCAUGAAAGGAAACAUACAUUGUCCUCAAGUCAUCAUGUUAAGACUUUAAAACAACAACAAUAUGAUAGAAAUUUAAUAGAUUUUGUUAUUGAAUUAGUAAGAAUAAAUGAUCAUGAUACCUUAGCUUAUAUUGCUAGAACCUCAGGGAUACCGCCACAAUUAAGACAUGUUGUAUGGCCAAUACUUUUAAAAUAUCAUCCAAUGUGUAUUGCUCCAAAUAUUUUAUCAAAUAUUGUUUCUUGGGAUCCAACGAUGAAUAGUUAUCAUAUGAUUAUUGAUCCUUCAACAAAUAGAUCAAAGAGAGAAAAUAAUGAUAAACGUCCAAUAAAUAAUAAUAAUAAUAAUAAUAAUAAUAAAGAAUCGCAAGAUGUUAACAGUAAUAACAAUCAAUUAAAAAAUGAUAAGAAAAGGAAAGAUGAUAUUAGUGACACUAACGAUAAUGAAAUUGAUGACAAUAAUAAUGAUGACGAUAAUAAUAAUGAUAAUGAUGAUGAAAAUGAUGAUAUUGCAUUGGAGAAAUCAAUUCUUCAUGAUUUACAAAAAUAUUUUAAAAUACGAACAAAAACCAAAAAUUCGACUGCAAAUAAUAAUAAUAAUAAUAAUAAUACCAAUAGUAAUACCAAUAAUAUUAAUGAUAUCAACACAGCCACAGAUAUAUCAUCAUUUAAUUCGAGAACAUGUUCUCAUAAUGAAUCGGAUUUUUUAAGUACAACAAACGAAUUACAAAUUAUUGAUUCCUUAAAGGAUGCAAUUUUAAAAUUUACAAAAAAAUGGUCAAAAGUUUAUAAAUAUGAGAGUGGGUUAUCAUGGAUAGCUUUGGGUCUUGCAGAAUGGUUCCCAGUUAUUCCAAUAUCUAAUUCAAAUGAUGGAUAUGGUCAUGAUAAAUACAAUGGUCCCGUAAUACUUUCAGGUAAAAAACAUGUCCAUGGAUCUUCACAACCUUCGGUGUCAAAGACAGCAACCAAUGAAACAAAUACACCUAGUUUAGAUCGUCCGGAUGGUGAUAUUGCUGCACCUUCAUCUGUAUCAUCAAACUCAAAAUUAACACUUACGCCAACACCUUGUCAUAAACAAUCCAGUUCAUUAGCAUUUUUAUACUCUGAAUAUCCUUUACCAGAAGCUUUACAAGAUCAAUUACCAACAGAAUACGUUUUUGAUUUUGCAGAUAUGUAUGAAAGGUUAUUAUUAGUAAUAUUACAUUGUCCAGAUAGUGAAAUUGCCACAGAAAAUAUCAAUAAAGAUUUUCCUUCGAAAUCAUCUUACUUAUCUAAUUAUUUUCCUAUUCUCUCUGGUGGAGACCUUCCAUUUCAAUUUCAAUUAUUUUUUAAAGUCUUUUCGUCAAUAUUACCUGAACUUUUCCAACCUCUUAAUGAGGAAUCAUCACUUCAACCAAAUUCAGUAAGAUCAUCGUGGUUAUAUUGGUGGAUUAAAUGCUCAGGCGCAAGAUCGUUACAAAGACAAGAUCGUGGUCGUAUUUGGGAUUUGUUAUUAGGUUGGAGACCUAAACCAAAUAUGGAUGCAAUGAAUUUUUUCUUAAAUUAUAAUAAUCACAAAGUGUUCAGUCAAUUAUAUCAUUGUCCACCACCGGGAUUGAAUGAAAAUUUCUUAAGAUCAAAAUCUAUUGAUAUCACAUUUGUUAAAAAAUUAUUAAAAAAUGAUACAUUUUGGUUUCCUGAUCUUGAUAAUAUUCCAUUAGGUUCAGAAGAAUUUCCAUAUGAUUUUAACGUCUUUAAAGAAUUAUUAACCCGUAACAAGUAUGAAGAAAUUACAAAAGAACCUGUGGAAGAAGAUAUAACAACUCCGACUAGUGCAACAGUUGAUUCAACUGAAUCACAACAAGACCUUUUGAAAUCUGUGGCAUCAUCUCUUUCUAAUUAUUCUUUGAAAGACCAAAAUGAUGGUUCAGUUAAUAGUGCAAAUAGUAAUGGAUAUGAUAAUUUGGCAAUAUUUGAAUAUUCUCAAGUACACCCACAUAUUCAAGUCAUAUUCAUAUAUAUUGCUGUGUUACAGUACAAUGAGUUUAAAUUAUUAGAGUUCGAAGAGACUGAAAUUUUAGAAUUUUUAAAUAAUUUACCAAUGUUUUCUAAAUCUGAAGAUUCAAAUUUUAGAAACUUAUAUUUAGGUACAGAGUGUACUACUAGUGAUGCCAGUCAUCAUCAUGUAAUAAAUUCUGGGAGAAAAAGUACAAUGAUAUCAAGAGCAGAUGAUGGAAGCAAAAAACACACAAGUGGAGAAUUAUCUACUGGAUUAACAACGAGAUCAUCUUCAUCAAGUUUAUCAAGUGUCUCGAACGCAUCUACUACAAACCCAAUAGCUGGUAUUGUUUACAAUCAAACUGUAAACCAAAACUCUCAUAUGAUGAUUGAAGUAGGUAAUGACGCCAAAGCUUCGAAUUCAUUUAAUGAUUUGUUGACUAUCGCAGGUGAUAUUUGGAGGAAAUGGUUAUGGAAAGAAUUAGAAGAAAGCGUGAUCAAUGACAUAGAGUAG